CAUCCGACUACACUGCGCAUGCGUUUCUACCCACUCGAGACACCGGUUAGAAAUUAAAGGGCGAAAACCACAUUUUUGACUGGGAAAAAAAGCUGCCAAAAGCGUCGACACUUCCACGGAGAUGCCUUGUGAGAGUGUCGGACGCUAACCGUGAAGGAGGAGCUAUGGCCUGCGCUCAGGUUCCUCUGGACGAGCAGCAGGUGACUGAGCAAGACGCUUUGGGCAAAGAGCGCACACUGCCUGCGCUGCAUCCCGACAGGAAGGAGGACCGCCUUUUUGUGCCUUACGUGCCGCUGUCAGCCGACGCCUGUCCAGCCGAGGUGGAAGAGUUCCUUGAGCGCAGCAGGUUCAUCUUAGAAGAUCUGGAAUGGCUACUCGCGUUGCCGCAUGACAAAUUUUGGUGUCAGGUUGUGUUUGACACGUCGCUGCAGAAAUGCUUGGACUCUUAUGUCCAUCAUGCCCCUCGUGGCCUCGACUUGAGCUCUGCAUCCACAUCCCCCGUGGUGGCGGAGACUCAUCAGUCCCUCCAUCGUGUCGUCUUCUUUGCCUUCCUUAGGAUGGCCACUCACAAGGAGUCCAAGGAGAACUACAUCACACCAGCUGUAUUUGGGGAAAUACUGUAUGAAAACUUCCUUUUCGAUGUACCCAAAAUAAUGGAUCUGUGCAUGCUUUUCGGGAAAGGCAACAGUCCGCUGCUGUACAAGAUGAUCGAGAACAUUUUCACGCAACAACCAUCUUACUACAGAGACCUGGAUGAAACCGUGCCCACCAUUUUGGAGGUGUUCGACAGUAUUGAGGAGAAGUGCGGCCUCCGCUGCGAUGGUGCCGGAGAGCCCCUGAAGCUCAAUGCUCAAAAGAAGCCGAAUGCUGUCAGCAUGACUCAGCAGGACUUUUUGGACAUUAUUCUUUACCUGUGUGACACCAGCAGUACCUUGCACGCCUUCUUUAGCGUCUUCCCCGGUGCGUGCGCCACCUUUCACUCGCACAGCUUUCUUUGCAGAUUGUCUUCGUUUUACGAAAGUGUUAUGCCCGACCUUGAAAAGGCCUUAACGAAGAGAAACUUUGAGGAUAAAAGUCUUCAGGAGGACGUGUGGCGGAGGUUGUCCCACUCACGUCGCAAGAUGUUAGAGACGGCCCACCUUCUGCUGCACCACACAUGCUUACAGCCCAUUCUGGAAGGGGUAGAAAAUACACAAACAUUUGCAGAAGAGCUGCUGCAACACUUCACGUCGUUUCUUUCAGAGAAAAGGUUCUUGUGUGACUACGACGAGUUGUUUCCCAUUGCAGAAGAUAUCAGUCUUCUCCAACAAGCACUUCCUGUUAUCGACGAGACCAGGACGUCUUACCUGCUCCAGGGCGUCCACAGUGCCUGGGACAGCACAGGAAGGCGAAAAACCAAACCCUCGUCGCAAUCGCCAAAUCAGGGAGCAGUGGGCGGGGCUUCACGGAAUAUCAGUCAGGAUGUGAGGCAAGCCGAAGAUGGCAGAGAAACCUCAAGGGGGGCUGAGGCUAUGUUGGACGUCCCACGGCGAGGAAGCAAUGGUGCCAUUUGUCCGGUGAGCGAGGCAGAGUUAGAGUCACUGCUGUCGUGCAUCCGGGAUCUGCUGCCUGACCUCGGCGAGGGAUUCGUGCUGGCGUGUCUUCAGGAGUAUGGCUACGAUUCAGAAGUGGUCAUCAACAAUAUCCUUGAGGGACGACUUGCACCAGGCUUGGAUGCGCUCGACCGCGCCAUGCCCAGGCCGGUGAAAGAAGCUCUCCCAAACGUCCUGGACAGCAGAUCCAACGUGUUCGAUGAUGACGAGUUUGAUGUGUUCCGCAGAGAACGUGUAGACAUGACGCGCGUCUGGAAGGGAAGGAGGAAAGGCGAGAGCAGUCAGGAGCUCCUGAAUGAUAAGAAGCACAUAUCUGAGCAGCGCGCUCGCUACCAGACUUACCAGACGGUGGUGGACGAGGUUGUGCUGCAGGCAGGGGACUCUGCCAGCUACAACGUUGGUGACGACUACGACGACGAGUAUGACGACACGUACGACAUGAAUCAAGUGGGGGCCAACGAUCUAGAUGGAGACAGCUUGCUCAACAGGAGACCCUUCACGAUGCCCAGAGUCCUGCAGCAAGCAGGCAAAGCUGAGGAAGCAGAGGAUGAAGAAGAUGAGGAAGAGGAGCAGGGACAGCAGAGCAACAUGAACAAGGACCAGUUUAUUCAGGACCCCGCACUUCUUAGGGAGCGAGCCGCAGCCAGACGAGCCGCCAUGCAGCAGAGGAGAGGCGUCCAGCCGGAGCGCCAGAGCCACGUGGUGGGCCGUCCCAAAGGCCAGGGACAGACACUGGACACAUUCCUAGACAGACGAAAGAAAGAAGCCAACAAGGGCCGCGGGGCCAAUCACAACCGCCGUAACAUGGCCGACCGCAAGAGGAGCAAAGGUAUGAUCCCCUCGUGAUGAGACGUACCCAAGAAAGAGGACUGCUGUUUUUUUGGUAAUGACUGACGCACUCUUCUUUUGGACAAGUCAUUUAUUUAAUUGGAAACCAAAGUGGAAGAGCAGUAGAGAGAUGUUUAUUUUUGCACUAAAAAAAGACAUCCAAGCAAAAUCUGGAAGAAGUGGAUGUUUAUUGCAUUGAGCUUGUCAUCCAUUUUGCGCCUUCCCAAAAUACAAAUCAUCAACUUUUGUACACAAACCUGAUCUGUUAGCACUUUGUAACAGCACAUUACUCAAAAUAAAUACUUGAAUCAGG